AUGAAGAGCACCAGAUGCGCGUUCAGCACAGCUGCAGCUCUGCACAGGGUUUUCAUUGCCCCAAUUGAACUUGUUCAACCUGGACAAUCAAAGCUUCAAUUUACGCCGCGAACUAUUUCCUCCACCUCAACGUCAGCUCUACGCUGUAGCACCAGAGCUCCCAGACUCCUCGUCUCACAGCAGCAAAAGUGCUACGCUUCCUCAGCAGCAGUCAGAAGCCGUCUCCCCCGCGACGACGAAAUAAAAGCCUGGUCCAUAUCCCUCGUGGGCGAAGACGGCAAACUCCAAGAUCCGCAACCAACCUUCGACGUCCUCGACUCCAUCGACCGCAAGAAAGACACGCUCGUAGUCGUCGUUCCCGGCGAGCCUGGCGUCCCACCAAUAUGCAAGAUCAUGAACAAGGAAGCUAUGCGUGCUGCCGAGAAGGCGAAGUUGAAGGGUGCGAGGUCAGCAGUUACUGAGAAGACGAUUGAGUUAAAUUGGGCAAUUGAUGCGAAUGAUUUGAACCAUAGGAUGAUGAAGAUGAAGGGGUUUUUGAUGAAGGGGAAUAGGGUUGAGAUUGUGCUUGGGGCGAAGAGGAAGGGGAAGAAAGCCACGGUAGAGGAGGCGGAGGCUUUGAUUGCGAGGGUUAAGGCCGCGGUGGCGGAGGUUGAGGGGACGAGGGAGAGUAAGCCGGCGGAUGGGAAGUUAUUGGGGGUGUAUACGCUUCAGUUUGAGGGGAAGCUAAAGAAGGGGAAGAAGGACAAUGAGGUCGAAACUGCGGAAGAGGACAGGGAGAUUGCUCCAGCCUAA